AAAACUUUUCGUUGCGAAUCCGAUUGCUCUAUAAUCAAGGGGCCUCGGGCCGAUUCAUUCGGGACAAAUUUGCCAUAUACACAAUUUUAAAUACGAUAACUUGAAAUCUGAGCAGCCAAAUUCGCUUGGCCGCCAACACAGUCCAAAUGGAUGCCAUAGAUAUAGCACGUUUAGAGGAGGCCGUUGUUGUUUUCUACAGCUCCAAAACCACACAGGAGCAGGCGAUAACCCACGAAUGGCUCACAAAGGCGGAGAACAGCUCACAGGCAUGGCAAUUUUCCUGGCAGCUAAUGCAGAUUGGCAAGAGCCAAGAGGUUCAGUUUUUUGGCGCAAUUACGUUGCACUCGAAGUUAAUGAAACACUGGCAUGAGGUGCCACCAGAGAAUCGGGAGGAACUGAAGCAGAAAAUACUGGAAACUAUUGUGCAAUUUGCUGGAGGGCCAAAGAUAGUGCUGAAUCGUUUGUGCAUAGCAUUGAGUGCCUACAUCGUACACAUGUUGAAUGAAUGGCCUAUGGCCGUUGAGGAGGUGAUAGACACGUUCCAGAAUCAGCGCAUUCCCAAUGUCAGCGCCGACAUGCAGAUAUGGAUCAUGCUGGAGGUGUUGCAGGCAAUACCGGAGGAGGCGCAAGCCGUACAUACCUCGGUGAAGCGCGUCACAUUGCGUAAUGAGAUUGGCAAACGCACUCCAUUGGUGAUGCAAACCACUGAGAAUUACCUAAAGGAGCAAUUGAACCGUGAGUGGGAUUCGGAGUGCUACAACAAUAUGUCCCGCGCUGUUAAGUGCAUCGGUACUUGGAUAAAAAAUAUUGGCUACUGCAUUGAGGCCUGCUCCAGCGCUACAGCCGUUCUCCUCGAUGUGGUCAACAAGUGCUAUUGGCCCUGUGUUCGUAAUCCUGACGGCGAUGGCUGCAUGUCUGCUGACGACAACGAGCUAUCUGAGAAUUGUCUCAAGACCCUGGUCUACAUUAUUAUCCAGCCGGAUUGCCACAAUUAUCCCAAGUCGGCGUUUGUGCUCAUCCAAAUGUUCCUGGACUCGCUCACGGAAAUAACCAAAGUGGAAUGGAAGCGGGAUAACAAUAAUGAGGAUAUCAUUGUCAAUAUAUAUACACUUUUUGUGUCUGCUGUCGAACGUCAUUCGCAUCUGUUUCUCAGUGGACUAUCGGCUACGGAUCCAGAACUGGGCGCUCUAUGGUGCCGCAUGGUGCAUGAGAUACUGCAAUGUACCGACAAGCCAGGCAUCUACCCUGUGGAGGAGUCCUGCAGCAAUAUGGCUAUGGCGUUUUGGUACAUGCUGCAGGACGAGGUGUUUGCCAUACCGGUAGAGGAGCAGAAACGGCAAUGCUGGGAGUUCAUAAAGCCCCUUUAUGCCCAUCUAACUAGUGUGUUGGUGCGAAAAUCUGAGCAGCCGGAUGAGAAUACUAUUGAUAAAUGGAAUUCCGAUGAUUUGGAAUGCUUUCGUUGCUAUCGACAGGAUAUAUCCGAUACGUUUAUGUGUUGCUAUGAUGUUCUUCAUGACUAUAUUUUGGAAAUAUUGGCACAGAUGCUUGACGAGGCGAUUUCCGAGCUACAAACAAAUCCUACACGUUGGACUAAGCUGGAGGCUUGUAUUUUCGCCUUUCAAUCGGUAGCCGAGCAUUUUGGCGGUGAGGAGUCCAAACAGAUACCAAAAUUGAUGCGCGUACUCUCCGAAAUACCAUACGAGAAACUAAAUCAGAAGCUACUGGGGACUGCGCUCGAAACAAUCGGUUCCUUUUGUUCCUGGCUGAUGGAGAAUCCCAGUUAUAUACCCGCUGCUAUUGAAUUGCUAGUCCGAGGUCUCAACUCACCCAUGUCCGCACAAGCCACGCUGGGUCUCAAGGAGCUCUGCCGUGAUUGUCAACUGCAAAUGAAACCCUAUGCGGAGCCAUUGCUCAACGCUUGUCAUGCAACGCUCAUGUCUGGUCGCAUGAAAAACUCAGACUCGGUGCGUCUUAUGUUCAGCAUUGGCAAACUAAUGAGUCUGUUGCCACCCGACGAAAUUCCCAGAUAUUUGGACAUGAUAGUCAGUCCGUGCUUUGAAGAAUUACAAGCCAUUUGCCAAGCAGAAGCUAAGUCACCAGCGGCACGCAUACGCGUAAUUUUCAGACUCAACAUGAUCUCGACGCUCUUUUCCUCGCUCAACACCGAUUUGAAUGAAUGUGAUGGCUCUCAAGACUUUGAGAAUGUACAACCAGUACUGAUGGUGAUGCAAAAAACUAUGCCGAUAUUUCGGCAAAUAGCCGAGCUAUUUGUGGAGGAACUUGAUGUGCUGGAGACGGCCUGCAGUGCGUUGAAACAUGCCAUCGUUAAUUUGAAGGCCAGCUUCAGGCCCAUGCUGCAGGAUCUGUGCUAUUUCAUCGUCUCGCUGUUCCAGGCACGUUGCUGUGCACCCACUCUAGAAAUCUCGAAGACCGCAAUUAUUAUUUUCUACAAGGAUGACAGCUGCAAGGCGCUGAUGCAACAAUUGCUCGUACAGUUCAUCCUACAUAGCUUCAAGCUAUUCGACUCCACACCGGAAAAUUGCUACUCGAAUAUAGCCGAUACCAUAGAAAUGUUUUAUGCCAGUCUCACGCAAAUCAUUAAGAAAAUACCACAGGCACUGGAUGAUAAGACAAUUGCUUACGAUCGUAUUAUAUAUUACGCAUUGCGUGCCAUGACAUUGCCCGAGAAUGGACCGAUCCGAACCAGCAUACAGUUUGUGACACAUUUCACAAUGCAGUCGCGGAACUAUCCAGUCAUGACAGAGGCGGUGUUGAAGACAGGGGAGGAGAUCGUGCGCACUUCUCUGCUUUGUGUGGGCUUUGUGACACCGCGUCAGCAAGUGGAUAAGUUUGCAGACAUAUUUCUGGCCAUCAACAAAAAGUAUCCGGCAGAAUUGGCUGUAUGGCUGCGAACUGUAAUGGCGGCACCCAAUUUCCCUACACAACUGAUCACAGAUGCCGAAAAAUCACGAUACGUCUCGUUGAUAUUAAGGGAGAAGGUUAAUAAGCGUCUGCUGCAGCAACAUCUAUCCGAGCUCGCCAUCAAAACACGCGGCCUGGGAGAGAAGUUUCAGUAAACCAAGCCAAGCCAAUUCAAGUCCAGCUCCGUGGCCAAAUCAAUUAUAAUGAUAAUGACGAUGAUAUCCAGAUUUGUCUAUCGCUUCAAUUCUGUGUGUGUCGUCUUCGGAAUAACUUAUUUAUUCGCUUUAUGAUUAGAUGUGCUGUAAAUGUCUUUUUGUUGUUCAUAAGUUGUAUACUUUUUAAAAACUAAUUAGACGAUUCAAGUUCUAUUCAUAAGCCGAGUGAUUGUACAAAAUACACUACAUAUACAAGUAUAUAUACAUUUUUUUCUC